CUCUGGCUUCCGUCUUCUCCUGUUCCUCGCUAUCACCAUUCCUUCAUUCUUUCCUCUAAAAAAAAAAAAAUUUGACUCCAUUCUGGCCUCCUCAUGGCUUCUUCUUUUCUUCCCCACGCUUCUACGCACUUGCUCAUCCUCGGCGCUUCCAGACUCGACGGCGGUCUCGGGAAGCUCGCCGUUGGAUCUAGCACUCGCAGUCGCAGGAGACUUCAGGUAAAUGCAGGUGGGAGUACAUAUGGGAAUCACUUCCGGGUUUCGACGUUUGGAGAAUCUCAUGGCGGUGGUGUUGGAUGUGUAAUUGAUGGAUGCCCUCCCAGGCUGCCCCUCUCUGAAGCUGAUAUGCAGCUGGAUCUUGAUAGAAGGAGGCCCGGUCAGAACCGGAUAACCACAGACAGGAAAGAGACCGAUACGUGCAAAAUAUCAUCUGGUGUUUCUCAAGGUUUGACAACUGGAACACCGAUUCAUGUGUUUGUACCCAAUGCUGGCCAAAGAGGGCAAGAUUACAAGGAACUGUUUUCAGCUUACAGGCCUUCUCAUGCUGAUCUAACUUAUGACUUUAAAUAUGGUAUCAGAUCAGUAGAGGGCGGCGGUAGAUCCUCUGCAAGAGAAACCAUUGCAAGGGUCGCCGCUGGAGCUGUUGCCAAAAAAAUUCUCAAACAAUUUGCUGGAACCGAGGUUCUUGCGUAUGUUUCUCAAGUGCACAAAGUUGUUCUGCCUCAGGAUGCGGUCGACCACGAGUCGCUGACACUUGAUCAGAUAGAGAGCAACAUAGCCAGGUGUCCAGAUCCUGAGUAUGCAGAGAAGAUGAUUGAUGCCAUUGAGACCGUCAGAGCGAAAGGAGAUUCAGUUGGUGGAGUUGUAACUUGUAUUGUGAGGAAUGCGCCAACUGGGCUUGGUUCACCGGUGUUUGAUAAACUUGAAGCCGAACUGGCGAAAGCUGCACUGUCAUUGCCUGCAACAAAAGGCUUUGAGAUUGGUAGCGGGUUUGCAGGUACAUAUCUAACGGGAAGCGAACAUAAUGACGAGUUUUACAUGGCUGGAGACGGUAGAAUAAGGACUAGAACAAACCGUUCUGGUGGUAUACAGGGAGGAAUAUCAAAUGGUGAAAUCAUACACAUGAGAAUUGCUUUGAAGCCAACACCAACCAUCGGCAAGAGGCAGAAUACAGUGACGAGAGAGAGACAAGAAAUGGAGCUAAUGGCUCCCGGCCGGCAAGAACCUUGUGUCGCCCCAAGAGCGGUACCGGUUGUGGAAGCCAUGGUAGCACUGGUGCUAGUUGAUCAGCUAAUGGCACAAUUUGCACAAAAUUACAUGUUUCCAAUCAAUCAGCAACUGCAAGAAUCCUUUGAGCUGCCGCCGAGGCAUGAGCCUGCUAAUGUCUGAAGCCUUGCAAUCGAGAUUGGUCCUCUUCUUCUAUAUUUAGUGCAUUCACCUUUGGUUCCUUUUACGCCUAUUUUGGGUGGGUCAUGGGUCCAUAACCAGCCAAGGAUUAUUUGCAGAAGCCCGUAGGAAGUUUGGGCUGAAUGCGCUAGUUACCCAAGUUGAUGGGCUUAUUUUAUGUGCCAGCCGAAAUGCUCAAGUUGAUGAGACAGCCUGAUACUGUGCUAGGCCCAAGGGCGGCCCAAAUUAGUAUUUUUGUUUAUCUAAGGCAAGCCCAAAAGGCGAAGUACAAUGGCUCAAUUGCAAUACCUACUGCAACCGUACUUUAUUGAGGUUUGAUGAACUCCGAGAAGAAAAAGAGACAAAACACUAGCUCAAAUAACUGAAAAAAGAAUAACUGCGAAACUGAGGA